CAGUGGGAAAAGCAUCUGACAAAAACCACUUGUGCCAGCACAUGCCACCACCCUCCACGCUAUAAUGAUUCCAGGCCCCAAUUCCCCGAGGUCGCCGACUACUUUCUCCACCACCGCAGGGAGAGAGGCGCCCGCAAACCCCGACUUCCGGGCCGCCCGCCGCCGCCGAUCGGGGAAGGAGGGAAGCAGCCCCUCCAUACAAAAAGGCCACAGGCUCAUCAUGAUUACGAUAUCCUUUGAACCUCGAAUGCCUAUCGACACCCUUGAAUCCCAAUCUCGAUAUUUUGGCGCUCACCUACGACCACACGGACCUCGUAUAGAUUGUCUGCGGAGACCCCAAAAAAGAGAUUCUGCCAGAUCGACAAAAAAACAAAGCAUAAUGUGCAUGAAGGCAUCCUGCAGCGUCUGUGGCAAAACCUCCUGGUUCGGCUGCGGCGCCCACAUCCCGGGAGUCCUCGACGCCAUCCCCAACGACCAGUGGUGCACGUGCACCCCGAAAGUCGAGGUCGGGGCCAAGGAGUACCCGCCCAAGGCUGGCACGGGGACCGCCACUUCUUCUACGGCGGCGUCUUGAGCUUGAGCUUGAGCUUGGCUUUCCAGCUCAAGCCCGGUUUCUGCACUAGACCGUCACGAGUUGUAGAACUGCUCCAUGAGAAGGUCGGCGGGAAGGAAAGAAGAAAGGAAGGAAGAUGGUCUUGCGCAGUAGGGCCCCAGGGGCUGGGGUCGGGGCAGAGGUAGGGCGUUUGGUGUAGGAAGGUUCUCUGGUGGGGGUGAAGCAUGGAGUGUAUCGAUCGUGGGAUACACAAAGAGUGUGAUUGCGCUAGAACGUGUGGCUUCGCCGUUAGAAUAAAGGCUCAUCUGCGGAUUGUUUCAUUAAUCAUAUCCGCUGUGUGUGCAUGCCUGCGUCGUCGAGUCAUGAUUGCGAGUCUGCCAGAUCUGGUUGGGUUUGCUCUGUCGCCAGCUUUUCACAACGUUCACAUCCCAACGCGAAUCUCUUAUGAAAUUGAU